ACCACGAAACCUCCCGCGACCGCAACGCCAUCAUCGCUCAUCUCCCGGGGCUCGCAAGACCUGAUCCACCCAGAUAGCCCAUCAUGAACGCCCGUUUCCUCCGUCCCUUUGCCAGGGCUGCCUUCCGCGCCCCCACGGCUGUCCGCCCCGCCGCCAUGGCACGCCCUGCUCUCGUCGCCAGCCAGACCAAGAAGACCGAGGUCAGCCCACAGCAGAUGACGGUCCUCAAGUCUGCCAUGCCCCAGCUCAUCCCCUUCUUCUUCGUCAACGAGACCACCGUGGCCUUUAUCCUCCUGCCAUCGCUCAUCUACGUCUUCUCCAAGUACAUCUUGCCCCAGCGUGUGCGCCUGUUCGCUGCCCGCCUCUUCAUCAGCAAGUUGUGA